GUCAAGAAACCGGAAGUGUGCUAAAGCGAUUUCCGGUUAGAAAUCCGGGAGCAACUGAAAAAGUUCCAUAGCCGCGCUCACUUACUUCUCCUCAACACCUGUCUCACGUCAACGAUUACUGGCGAAUUAGAGUUUCUAUUUCAAGUUAACUGUAUCGACUAAAGACGGAAACGUCAAUAAUGGGAAGUCUUGAGGACAAUUUAAAAGACUGGCUUUUAAUGGAGGCCAAAAUCGCGGUAGCAGUGGCUAUCAUAAAGUCAAAGCCCCCCGGUGUGAGCGGCCGGGAGCACGCGCGUGCUCUGAGCAUCAGGCUGAGGAGGCAGGAGGAGAGCUGGAAGGACCGGGUCCAGAGCCUGGAGCAGGAGCUGCUGAGGCUGAGACAGGACAAUCUGAUCAGGAGGAUGACGUCAAACUCAACCAGCAGCGGCUGCAUAGAGGCAGCAGGUGAUGCCAGCAGAGUGGACGCCACCUCGGAGGAUCUGUUUUGUUCAGGAACCCUCUCAUGCAGUGCAGAUCUUCAACCGAACGCCUUCACGCAGGACUCCAAACUCGCCACUCCUACCCCUGCUGGGCGGCAGCUUCCCUUCUCCCAAACACAUGACUCUCAUGUGCGGUUCCUCAGGUCGCUGUGUGGUCUGCAACAGCUACAAGGCAACAGUCAAGGUCAGGAGGCUCUGUGGUUCGGCUACGACGGCGAGAUGUGCUCGGUGUUUGCCGACACCGUGUGUCAGCUUCUGGACUCCGUGGUGGCAGCCUGCAGACACCCCCCUGCCGUGGGACCCACUGACCUUGUGUCGCAGGCCUGCCAGGUGGCAGCGCGAGCGUUGGACCUUUUCUGCUCACAGAGGAGGCCAUCUGUGGAGCUCCGAAGUCGCGUGGAGGAGCCACUGAGGGAGCUGACUCGAAUGCUGCUUCACAGCAAACAGCCCAGCAGACUGCAGGAUGCAGAGAGGCUGAUGGAGUACCUGAUCGCACUGGGGAGCAGCAGCUUAUCACAGUCCUUUCUCAUCCGUCACAUUCUUUCAGAGAUCAUCACUCUGGCUGAUCGGCUCUGGCAGGCCGCCCAGGCCAGUGGACACAUCUUCUUAAAGGCGACGGCAGAUGCUCCGUCGCUCCGUCACCUUCGAUGACAGGUAAGUAUCAGAUCUUUAAUCGAGGGUAGAAGAAGUAUGACUCCAUCAGGGAGCGCUGUCACUGUGAGGAAUGUUAAUGCAGCAGGAGCAGGAAUUCACAGAGGAGGACUUUGAUUAUAUGCUGUCCGCACACUGCAUUCUCAAGAUAUGCCUGCUGCGCUUUGAAGAGCAGUUUUUAUCCAUCAGUAGGAACAAAAAAAAGCUGUGUCACUGCUGCCUCAUGCCCACACCUGUUCUUUUAUUUCCCUCAGCAGCUUUUAAAAUAUACGAUCACAUCUACAGUUUUACUGUCACAUGAUUCAAACCAACAAAUGAACCAAAGUUUGACAUCAUAGAAAAGGAAAAAUCAAAUGUACUCUGAUGUUUAUCAUGUUUUUCUGUCUCUUUUCCACCUUUGUGACUUUUCUUUCACUCUACUCCCCCCUGCUGGAUAAAUUGUUCAAAGCUUCCCCGGUUUAUCGAUGAUAUUGUAUGACAGCUCCACAAACACAGUGAGCGCUCGGAGGGGAACAGAAAGGACUGGCAUCCUUUCAUGUCCUCAAAGUAUCCGUAUAAUCCUCCGCCAGAGCGUAAAGAGGCGAAGGGGCUUCAAACGGUGUCAAUACAGGAUUUAAUCAGAAUUAUUGAUCAGUGUUGGGGGAGAGUAAGCAGAAAAUUUGAACAGCUUGACACAAUUGUGUUCAAGGACCAACAAUCUGCUUCUCUGCGAGCGGUCACUGAGUCCCAUCCUGAGAGUGUAACAACCUGUCCGUCAGGCGUUUGAGAAAACAACAGGGCAGACAUCAAAGGAGUUGGAGAAACAAAACAAGAUUUUAGUUAUCAAAAUGUAUUUAAAGAUGCACAUAUGUGCUUUCACAAAUGAUUCUGAGAAAAAUAAGUGAAACUCCAGUAAUCCACUCUCACUGUCAGGAAAGAACUGUUACUGUUGAUCUCAAACUCUGUCGUUUUUUUAGAGCAACAAACGAGCUCCAGAAGACGUAGUUUACUGUUAUUCAUGAGGACACUGCAGCUCAAUUAAAACACUCUUCCAAUUAAGGAGCUCUGGGAAUCAAACUAAUACUCAGCUCUAGAGCCUUUAACUUUUUUUUUUAAUUUAACAAUUAAGAAAUAAUCCAAUUUCUGACAGAAUGUUAUUUAAAAUAUAUAUUUUUAAAAUGCAGUGGGAUGUAUUUAGACUUAUUGAUGGCAAAACUUAAUGUUUACAAAUACAUUUUUUUAGGUUAAGACUUUCAGAACAGUGGAAUCUAUCAUGACCGAUCUGACUUUGAUUGUUUGAGACAAAAACAUUUAAAUUGUAAUUUGAUUUCAGUUACAAUCAUCAAAUCUAACUUAAAAAAUUUUUUUUUUAUGAAAAGCGCUUCUCAUACUUUGUGCAAUACGAUGCGUUUUACAAAAAAAAAAAAAAAAAAACACAA